GAUCAUUCGGAAUUUGUUGACGCGGACAAAAAGACAGGACGAGCUCCAAAAUUGAUAGAGUUGAAUUCUUCGAGAAACAUAUGGGAAUCGCAUAUACGCCAGCCAAAGUGGCAAGCGAUUAAACACCAAGUUUUACUCUGCAACAAGAACACAGUUUCAGGAGCAGCGGCAGCAGAUUUUCAGGUGCCUCACAGUUCUUCCUUCGAGGAGGAAGGGGGGGAGCGAGUCUCAAAAAGCGGUGGAGCAGAGCUCAAGCUCGAGAUCAAGCCAAGCCAAGCCGAGGUAGAGUCUCAUUUCCAUUUUCGAUCGCAAGGACAGAGCUCGGGAAGGAAGAGAAUGGCUUCGCCUUCGUCUUCCUCGGCGCGAGUGAGUCUGCUGGUGUUGCUACUGCCCCUAGUGGUACACUUGGUCCUUGGGGAGGACAAGCAGUGCACAGCUCGCUUGGCCAGGAUACAGCCGUGCAUCACUUACAUCGAGGGAAAGAGAGAUCUUCCAGGCUCGAGGUGCUGCCGGGGGCUCCACUACAUCUAUCAGCACAGCCCCGUUUGCCUGUGCGAGCUCCUCUCCUCCACUGGCGGUGUAACUUCCACUCCCGGGAUCAAUAUCACCAACGCCGUCAUGCUUCCCACGCAUUGCAAGCUCGACUCCAACACCAGUGCCUGUCCUACUUUGCUCGAGCAGAACAGCGCUGGUCGAUCUGGUAAGCUUUUUAGAAUGGAAAAAGUAAUUAAAAUGUAUUGGUUUUUUUUUUUCUUUUGUUUUGUCUUUUUAUGCCAGAUUUCUCUCCUCUUGUCACCACGGUGAUGUUUUUCUUGGCGCAAAUACUUUUCUAAUAUCAAUCGGAACAAUCAACGGUUUUGAAUAUGGUGAGAUCGUAGGAAAUCCAAGUAGUAUCAGUUUGAAAUUUUACGGGGCGAAACUUCGAGAUGGCAUUGAUAUACUAUUUUCUAGUAUAAUUUUUCGUUCCCUUAGACGAUGAAAAGGAUUGAAUUUCUUUAGUAAAAGAACCAUAGUUUUUUUUAA